UUCAAGGCCGAAGAUGCGGAAGAGGAUGCCCAACGAUGUAUCAAAGCAGUGGAGUCUGACAUGGAUUCACUACUGCUGGUUCUGGAUAAUGAAGAUCCUGAUCUUAGUGAACUUGUAAUUUACACACUUCGUUCUUAUGUGGCUGUGCUCAAAGAUAAAUGCAUGGAAGAGAAAGCCACCAGUGUGCUGUCCAGGAUUGUUUCUGUUUGCUUACGGCGGUUUGUUAUCAGCGAAGAACUGGAUGUAGAUGGUUUGGGCGAAGAUGAGAUCGAAUUCGCUGAUUAUCGCAAGGAACUUCGCGGAAUUCUUAACACUAUAGGAAAUAUGAGGGUAGAUUUGAUUGUGGCACCGAUGGAAGCAUUGGUGGCCGAAGUUGCAGCUAGUGGUGGUGGUACUGCGAUGCCUAUUGCAAGGUUGGAAGCCAUUGUACAACUGGUGCAUGGGCUGGUGGAGAUCAUUCCGGCUAAUUUUGUGAACGUGAAGGAAGGAUGGAUGGGACGUGGGGCGCAAUUACCAGUUAAUCUUCUCACUUCCAUGCAACUUGAUGGUCGUUCAGCAUCAGUGCAUGUGUUGUACUUUGAGGUUGUUGCUUUAUCUUCAUUAUUUUUCAACGGCUACUUUUUUUUGAAAGAAUAA